GGGACAGAGGCAGCGGGUCCCGGGGUGUACAAAAGAGGCAGGCCGGGUAGGGAGGGUGCACGCGCGGCGUGGAUGUUUACUCGGCGUCGGCGGCGCGGACGUCAGAGCGAGCGAUCCCAGCGUGCACCGCGAGGCCGUUGAGAGCUCCGGCAGCUGCUAGCGACAGAGAAAUAUGCUGCGCGGACGCCUGGCGAGACACCGCGGCAGCGUUUGAGUCACGAUUGUCUGUCGGUUUCCAUUUUGGAGGAUUCCUUUCUCCAUCCUCCGGGCAAUGACAACGGUCUCGGCAACCCCGCAGCAGAUGAGGGACCGGCUGCUGCAGGCCAUCGACAGUCAGAGCAAUAUAUGCAAUAUGGUGGUUGUACUUGAGGUCAUUACCUGUCUUGAGAAGUAUCCUAUCACCAAAGAAGCACUCGAGGAAACCCGACUUGGAAAGCUGAUCAACGAUGUACGGAAGAAGACCAAGGAUGAAGACCUUGCCAAGCGGGCCAAGAAACUCUUGCGAAACUGGCAAAAGCUGAUCGAACCUGGGCCUGUGGUCGCCGUGAGCGCUCCCAGUUCCACCAAUGGUAGCUCUCACCCAUGCAGGACGGAGGCCUCGCUGCCCGACGUCACUUUAUCGGCGAAGGGAGUCCCUGAAGUCAAAGUCAGAAAUGACGUUCACAACACGUAUUCGCCAAAGGCUGAAAAAUCAAGCAGCCGGAAGCGCCGGGCAGAGCACAGAGAUAGUGGAGUGCACUUACCAGAAAAAAUCUCAAAGUUGACUGCUUACGAUAACUCUGUUUCACCGCCACCCACCAACGGAAUAGCCGGCAGCCCUGACACUCUGCUCGACCAAGACAUCGUCCCGUCUCCCGAUCGAUCUCGGAUAGAGCACCUUGACAAUGAUAAAAUCAACAGAAUUCCCGUAAAUGCUGUCAAACCUCGGCCCAGCUCCCCUGGAGUGGCCAAAUUCCCCAGCACUUCAUCUUUAAUCAAGGUUGCUGUUAUGCAGCAGCAGGCUAGAAUGGAUGAUGGGGGCGGAGGUGGGCUAGGAGGAGGAGGAGGAGGAGGGCAUUAUCAGGCCAGAAGUCCCCGUGGCCUUUCCACCAGUCCAAGGAGCACCAAACAAGACUCCGUGACCAAGCGCUCUGCGGCAUAUGCACAAAUGCUAUCGUCUGUCCCCAGUCCAACGUCCAGGGAUUCACCUUUGCCCCAGCCUGCGUCCCCCCCGGCUCAAAGCUCUCACUCUUCCUAUAGAUCCUCAAUGCACUGGGACACCUCACCAGAGGUCCCCUCUCAUUGUCCUCCACAAGACUUAUCCGCAACACUGGAAUCCCCCUCUGUCUCACCCACGCCGCUUCAUCGCCCGCAACACAACUCGGAACUCCACAGACCCGCGUCCGAAGCGGCCACGACCGUGUGGGACGACACGGACAGCUCACUGACUUCCACCUCGGAGUAUAAGAGGAGGAAGUACCGCUCUAGAGACUACUCUGUCAACUUAGAUGGCCAGAAAAUAGAGGACACCACUAAGCCAGUACGAUUAAAAGAACGGAGGCUAACGUUUGACCCCGUCACACGUCAAAUUAAGCCCCUAAUCCACAAAGAACCACAGUCCGAGGAACCCCCCACUCCUGAGCCUGUUGAGCCCAGGCAGAGAACUGAAGUCGCUGUAGUGCAGGACACUGUCGCUGGAACCAACCCUAAUCCUUUUCACCAGACAAACUGGAAGGAGCUGUCCAGAAAUGAAAUUAUCCAGUCCUACUUGAACCUUCAGAGUAAUGUGCUGACCUCAUCUGGGGUACAGGCCCCGAGCGCACACUUUUUCAUGUCCCAGUAUCUGAAAAGGGAAGAAAAGGAAGUGAAAGAGGUGAGGCAAAUGCACGUUUUGCAGGUGGACAACCCGGCGGCAGAUCUACCAGGCGUGAGUCGGGACAUCAGUGACGAGGACCUGAACAGGAUACACAACCAGCACUGGCCCGGAGUCAACGGGUGUUUGGACACUAACAACACCUGGUAUGACUGGACAGAGUGCAUAUCGUUGGACCCUCACGGGGAUGAAAGCAAGUUGAAUAUCCUGCCGUACGUUUGCUUAGACUGAGGGCUCUUUUUCCACUCCUGUUUUUGUUUUUUUCUUUUUCUUUUUUUGUUUUUUUUUGUUUUUUUUGUCCCCCAUACAAACAAGAUCAUUUUGGAUUUUGUUUGGCAAAAGACAGGCCUGCUAAACUCCGUAAUCCCUCCUGUGCCUCCUCCUCUUUCUGUGAUUUGAGAUUUUGGUACAAAAAAAAAUUGAGAAAUUAAAAAUAUUUGAGUUUGUGAUACCAAGGGCUGCUUUUGUUUUCAUUUUUCAAGCUGAAAGCCACAGGAAGGAUGGAGGCCUCCCCAGUUGCAGUGUGCUGCUACAAGCUCACAAGAAAAGAGGGCAGAAUGAGCCCUGCUAGCAGGAAAUGUCACCGAUAUUGUAGGCUUACAGGGUUAAUAUUGCUCUUUUUUCUCAUCUUUUUGAUUUCAAUGAUCUGUGGUUCAAUAUGAGGGUGGGCUGGGGUUUAGCUGUCCUGUACAGGCCGCCGUACUCAUGUUCAUCUACAAGUAUAUGAACAUAUCUCUAGUCUGAAAUACUGGUGGUUACGAGAAGCUUUAUGUGAAUUAUAAAAAGAGUAAAUUAUAAAUUUCAUGUCAUGUACACUAUUUAUUUUGGCUAAUACAUUUUACAGGACUUCAAUUGUGAGGUUUAUAAACAUCCCGCUUUUUCUUCAAUACCUUGUUGCAUCACAGUGUUUUCAAUAUUUUGUUUUUCUUUUUCUUUUCCAUCACAUUCGCCAUCAGUUUAUUUGGGCUUUACAUUCCAUAGUCCCUUUGCAUUAGUGGGCUGUUUUUAACUCGGAAAAUAAACAUGUUCUGGAAUCUUUGCUUCCAAGGUUUAAAAUUGUGCCUAAAUGUUUCAAAAACUAAAUAUAUAGUCUAAAUUGGAAGGUAAACCUUAAAUUGCACACAGUACUGUUUGCUGCAGGUUAGAUUAUCGCUCCAAGUUUAGGUACACUGGUGCCUUGAGAUACGGGUUACUUGACUGUCGUGUUGGCUUCAAGUUGUUUAUUGCCGCUGUUGAAGUUUACUGUCUUGCUAAGCAAAAUGAAGACAAUUGCAUAUUGAUCGUAAAGUGUAACAUUUAAGUCUGCUAUUUUAAUGCUAACACAAGAAAUGCCAUAAAAGUGCUCAUCAAUCGUCUAUAGUGGUUGUGCUGUAACCCUUUAAGCAGCUAAUACGAAAUACAUACAGAGCAACUCAUGGAUAGAUAUUGCAAUAUUCAAAUGCAUUCUAUAUCCUCUGAAAAAUUUACCGUUACUGCUAUGGAGUAUUGACAUCUGUUUCCAUGUGUCUAUUCUGCCCCAGGUGGCCAAGUUGUGCACAGCAGGAGCAGUAAAACGAUUGAAGCAAAAAGUGUAACAAAGCCGGUUUAAUUCAUUUGUUAUUGAAUGUUAAGUACAAUAUAAUUUUUUUUUUUCCUCAUUAAAAUAAAUUGCAUUUUGUUGGAGAAGGCUGUAACAGAUUAAUGGGAUUUUAUUUCAAUGGGGAAAGAUGAUUUAAGAUGCUCGUGAGUCGCCCAACGGAUUAAACUCGUAUCUUAAGGCACCGUUGUUUGCUUGUAUGGAUAUAAGUCUGCUGCCCACCCCCGCCCCCCACCCCCCAACACACACUGAAAUCAAUACAUAGCAGUUGCUGGUUUAGGUUUUGCGAUUCUAGCGUUAGCUCAGUAUCAUUUUGUUCACGACAGAUGUCAAGCCAAGCAAAAUGGAGACUAGAGAGAGAGCCCAGUGUCGCAUCAUCUUUGUGUGAAUACUUCAUUUUGCGUUCCCUUUUGCACUCAUCCUUCAACAUCCUACUUAGAUGUCAAAAUUGGCUAGUGCACUCGCUCAUUCUUCCCUACCAACGUGCCUUUGGUAAAACUGUAAAUCUGGAUUUGCUUCCGCAUGUGAGGUACUGUCCUCGUACCCGGAGAGUUUGUCAAGAGCUCCAAAAUCCAUGAUCCGUAUGAAGCUGGCAAAUUCAAUUUCCUUUUUUUUUUUUUGUUGUACACAAAGAAAUUUGUGAGGUGUGCAAGUACAGAUGGCAGAAGAAGUGUGCAACACAGCUGGCAAUAAAAGUGCUACAACUGGUUGCUGAGAAUGUUUUCUGGAGUUUUGACAGGGGCGUUUAUGUUCAGUGUUUAACAUCUCUCAAUUGUUUGACAAAUAAAAUGAUCCAAUUCUU